AUGUCCUCAAGCGCGGCAGAAAACGAGUUUCUGCGGCCUCCAAGUGAGAUGGAACCGACGCUGGUAUACCGGGAAACCUCCCAUUACAACCCCUUCCACACCUUCCGCCUCCCUCCAGGUCAAGGACGACAUUACAAACAACAAUAUGGCGACAUGUAUUUCCUACGGCUUGCAAAAUUGAAGCCCGCGGCGGAAGAGAUUGCGGUCCAAGCAUGGGAAGGAUUCAGUAUCGCAGGAGAACAUGCACGUCGUGUGGACAGAGUACUAGAUGUGAGACAGGGAGAGCUUUGCUGGGUGGCAGGGACAAUCUAUAUGGACAUGCCGUUAAAACCGAACAUUCUAGAUGACCUAACCAAGGAAAACUUUACAUCGGCCCCUGCGCCAUGUCGCACAUACCGGGAUUCUUCAGAUCCUGAAUCGACUCAAAUUAUGCUCGAAGACGAAUCAGGUCGCCUACGGCUAACAGGGAGUAUGCUUAGGUCAUAUCAGCUGGCAACUGGAGCUGUAGUUGCCGUGCUAGGGACAGAAAAUGCGAACGGGGACUUCGAAAUCAUUGAUAUGAAGGUCCCCGACUUGCCUCGACAGCCUCGUCGGUGGGAGGGUAAAUCGCCCGAGAAAAUGGGCAAAGGCAAGAUUGCUUUCGUGAGUGGUCUUGGGAUUACGGGGACGUCGGGCGACACCCUUGCCUUGGAGAUUUUGACAGACUAUCUACUCGGCUAUACCGGCUUCUCGUCGGCCGGGAACGAAGAUAGCGCGCUGUCGGAUGCGUCUACGAUUACGAGACUGGUCAUUGCUGGAAACUCGCUGGGAGCCAGUACGACCGUGGAUGCCACCGAUCUUGCUUAUCCAAAAAAAAAGAGCGGUGCGAAAAAGUACGGAUAUGACUCCACUACUUACAAUGCGUCGCCCAUUACACAAUUGGAUUCAUUUCUCGCGGAAAUACUACCCAGCAUACCUGUUACUCUUAUGCCGGGCGAAAGUGAUCCCGCGAAUUUCUCACUUCCCCAACAAGGGAUCCACCGCGCUAUGUUUCCCCGGGCUAGGGCAUAUUGCGCGGCAUCUCCAUCUGGCGAGGAGACCCCUGAGCCAGGCUGGUUCGAUAGUGUCACGAAUCCAUGGGAGGGUGAUAUCGAAGGAUGGCGUCUGUGGGGAUCUAGUGGUCAGAAUGUGGACGAUGUUCUCCGCUACCUGGACUUUGCUGAUGAUGAUGACGAAUCCAUUCACACCAAUGGAGAUAGCGAGGCCAGGCUACGGAUCAUGGAGGCCAUGCUGCGCUGGCGAUGUGGAGCCCCUACAGCGCCUGAUACGAUCUGGUCUUAUCCUUUCCAAACCCAUGAUCCAUUUGUGAUGGAAUCCUGCCCGCACAUUUUCUUUGCUGGCAAUCAGCCCUGCUUCAAAACCGCCGUCAUCGAAGGGGAGACCCCAUGGAGGCUAAAUGGAGCCGAUACAGAGAUGACCGGAUCGAACGAUGACACAGACAUUCAGCGAGUCCGUCUCCUGUCGAUUCCCAAGUUCCACGAAAGCGGAGAACUGAUACUGGUCGAUACGGAGACAUUGGAGGUGGAGGUGAUCAAAUUUGGCACGUUUUCCGGAAAGGAGGAGGAGCAAUAA